AUGGGUCAGCCAUCGCAACCAGCAUCAAACGCCCUCAUCUACUGCACAUAUGCAGCUUUUCUUGUUUUUGGCUUAGCCAUUGCGUGGCGUCUUCGUCACCAGUCGAAAGGCGAAUGGCUUUCAGCAAACCGAACACAGAAGGGUACAGUCACGCACAAUGAGCCACUGCCCCCUCGUCGAAUUUCGCGAAGAUCAACUAACCGAAAGUCAGGCAUACCACUUGCCCUAAACUUCAUCGCCUCGGGUUCAGGGAUUCUUUUCACAUAUCCAAACAUUGCGGCUAUUGCAGGUGUGCAGGGUCUGGUGGUCUAUGCGCUCUCUUCUAGCUUGCCACUCUUUGUGUUUGCCAUUCUAGGACCUAUCAUUAGACGAAAAUGUCCUGAAGGAUUCGUCCUUACAGAGUGGACAAGACAGAGAUAUGGCGUUGUUACAGGAUUGUACCUGUCAGCUCUGACCUUGAUAACUAUCUGGCUUUAUCUUGUAGCCGAGCUCUCAGCACUUCAGCAAGUCGUCAAUCUUCUUACAGGCCUCAAUGGUCUGCCAGCAGUAAUUGUGGAGUGCUUCGUCACAACCGUCUAUACAGCAGCAGGUGGCUUCAGAGUUAGCUUCAUCACUGACAAUGUCCAAGGGGCCAUGGUGAUUGGCUUGAUUAUCGUUGGUGUUAUCACAGUUGGAGUUGAGACUGAUAUUCAGCGGGACCUGAUUGAUACAUCAGGUUACCUUGACGCAAGCCUCCUUGGCUGGCAGCUCGUCUAUAUUCUACCCGUGGCUAUAUUGACGAAUGACUUCUUCUUGUCUGGAUUCUGGAUGAGAACUUUCGCUGCCAAGACAGACAAAGACUUGUGGAUCGGCAUUUCCAUCGCUGUGGUUGUCAUCACUAUCAUUCUCACGCUUGUUGGUGUUGGUGGUCUACUUGCUGGCUGGUCGGGAGUGCUCGGCAAUCCGCCUCAGCCUUCAGGGUAUGAGUUGUUCCAACUUUUCGAGACUCUGCCAGCUUGGGUCGUCGGCAUUGUUCUUGUAAUGGUCGUCUCACUCAGCACAGCAGCAUUCGAUUCGCUUCAAUCUGCUAUUAUCUCGACUGGCUCAAACGAUCUUUUCCGUAACAAGCUCAACAUCUGGGUGAUCCGCGCAAUUAUCGUGGUGGUCUUCAUACCUACGGUCGUCGUUGCCUUGAAGAGCCCAAGUGUGUUGCAGAUCUACCUGAUCUCCGAUCUGAUCAGCGCGUCCAGCAUUCCAGUCCUGGUGAUCGGCCUGAGCUCUCGCUGCUAUUGGUGGCGUGGCUUUGAAGUAGUUGUUGGUGGUCUUGGCGGCAUACUUACCAUCUUCCUCUUCGGGCUUGUCUACUAUGAUGGAGAUAGUAACAGGGCUGGCCGUCUCCUCCUCCUUGAAGAAGGAUUGUACGCGAGCGACUGGUCCGCGUUUGGUGCCUUUGUGGCUGCACCUGUUGGUGGCUUGCUCUGGGCAGCAGCAGCUUUUGCACUCAGGGUUAGCGUGCAGUGGAUGCUGGCCAAAAGGGCCGGAAGACGCUUCGACGCUUUCGACAGGCCUGCUGCACCAGAUGCAAGUUUCUAUACUGGACGAAGGUAUGACAAUGUCGAGAGGGAUCACGGUGUGGUAAGAGACGAGGACGGGGUCGAGAGAAGUGUUAGCGACGUGAAGGGGAAGUUCUUCUAA